AUGUGGCUCUGGUCACCUCCAAAUGCUGGCCAAACACACCCUCCACUCAGCUCCCCGACCCCCACAGGGAGCCGGCUUCAGUGGCAGCAGAGUAGGAUGACUUUUCCCACCUUCAUCUCUGAACCCAGGACAGGGAACAAAGGCAACACAGAUCUACACUUCGAAAACUCAACAGAAAUCUGCAAACCCAAGGUCUCACAGGAGCUAAAGGUUCAAGACCAGGGUGGGCGUAUUACUCAUCCGGCAUUGCAUUUGGGGGCUCGUCCGGGAUACCCCCCCCUUUUCAAGCCCACCAGACAACUAGUCAACGGGUCGCUGGAAACCGAUCGAUUCACCCUGGCAGACGAAGGAGAAGAAUUCCUACUCCCGCUGUCCAAGGAUGGAACUCACCUAGCCCCUACCUUCAGCCCCCCAAAGGCCAUUAUCCAUCCCUUCGGGCUGACCGAUCAGGAGCGUUCAUCCUCACCCCGCCCUUUCGAAUUCCUCACUUGCUCGGUCGUCUCGCAACCCUUGCACCAGUGCCUCUGUCGCUUCCUGCCUAUUCUAGGCACCUUUCUCCUCGUUUCAACUAUUUUCUUAAUCUGGGAGCUACCUGGUCAAAUGGGGCAAACCCAGAGUACCCCACUCUCCCUCCUCUUGGCUAAUUUCAGGGACAUUCGGGCAAGAGGCAAUGACCUGAGCCUGGAUAUCCGGAGAUCUAGACUCAUCACUUUUUGCCACUCUGAAUGGCCAACCUAUGGGGUGGGAUGGCCCACUGAGGGCACCUUCUGUCUACCUGUAAUCCUCAAGAUCAAGGCCCAAGUUCUCCUACCUGGGAAAGAGGGACACCCAGACCAAGCCCCCUACAUCCUGGUCUGGCAAGAUUUAGUGGAAAAUCCCCCUCUGGUUGGCCCACUUCCUCUCCUCAGGAAGUUGCAAGAUCCUUGCAGCCCGACCCACGGAAUCCCCCAGACCUCGAAACCCAUCUGCGCCCCCUCCACCUGUCCUCCCUGAUAGCCAAGACUUACUCAGUUUAGACCCACCCCCUUACCUACCUCCUCCCACGAGGCCCCAGGUUGCCCCCAUGCCAAUGGCCGCACCCGCUCCACCCCAG